AUGUUGGCUUUUGCAAUCAAUUCUCUUGUGGGCUUCAGAGAUUACUUUGUUAUGGAUAUAUCCAAGGAGUUCCCAGACUCUCCAGUCACAUUUGCGUUAAAUCUUUGCAGAGGUGUUGGAUUUCAUGGAACAGCUAAUCUUGAUAUUACUGGAUCAUCCACAGAGGAGAAUUUACUUGAUCAUAAUUAGAUGUCUGACGAUGAUUCAGAUGGAUAGUUGGUCUUAUUUUAAAUAGCAAGUAUCAGAGUAUUUGAAACAGGCGUCAAUAUUGCUUGCAUCGCUAUAUUAUACAAUUGGUUCCCAUCUAAUUUAAAGUCUUUUGUUGUGGGAAUAUGGCAAGUUGCAUAUCUUUUCAUUCCUAUCAUAAAAGACUAGAAUGACUAUGAUUUUUCUGGGGAUACUUAUGAUUAGUUUAUUUCUUUCUAAGCAUCAUCAGUAAAUUCUUCUUUUAUCAUCACCCAUCUCACAUUAACAUAAAUGUUGAGCCUAACUAAACUGAGACAUUUGAUCAAGGAUUUUUCAAUGAACUUUAUUAAACAAGAACUGCAAAUGAAUAGUAAUAUGGUGGCUAAACAAAUGCUACAACUUUUGGUCGAUAUAAGCAUAGCGUAUCUUUCUUUGAAGUGCUAAAAAUACCUGAAUGACUGGGUCUAGAAUACAGAAUUGCCUUAGAUUAUUUUAGCAUUAUUAGUUGGCUCAAUGAUAGGAUAAGGACGAUUUUUUUAUGUUGGCACUGUUCUCGGUGUUACUAUAGGAAUGCCUUUCUUGUGCAAUACUAUUCUUUUCCCAAACUUAGCGUUUAUAAUGGAUAAAAUAGAAUCUUACAACAAUGCAAGUGCAUUAUUCUUAUCGUUACUUUUGGUUCUCUCCAUACUUGUGCUUUACAAGAAAAUCAAGCAAGAUCUAAUGACCUUCAGGUGCAUCAGGAAGCGAUUCCCAGCUAUCCUGAAGUCGAGGAACAUCAGGAACGAGGACGAUGAGUGA